CAAUACCUCUUGCGCUUUCUUCUUCUUCCUCUCUCUCUCUACUUAGUGUUCAGUGUUCACGAUUCACGAACACAGAGUCAGAGGUCGUCUCUCGUGGGGAAAGAUUGGUUGGCUCCUCCAAAUGUUAGUAAAGACUCAGACAACGAGAAGCAAAUGAGUUUUGAUGAGUCAUUGAGAGAGAGAGAAAACUCAGAAACCGCCAUUAAACAACUCUGCAUUUCUGAAAUAUAGAUUUUUUUUUGACCUCAACCGCACAUGGGUUCUUCUCUUCUUGGGGUCUGGUCUCCCCCCUCAUUUGUUAUUCCCUUCUUGCUUCACAUGCUUCCUCUCUCUUUCUUUCUCAUGUACUCUUUUUCUUUGUUUCUCUUGCCAUGAAGUCUUCUCUGUCUGGCUUUGAUUGAUUAAUCCCAGAGGUUUCUGUUGCGGCAUUGUGCGUGAGAGAGAGAGAGAGAUAGAUAUUGGAUUAUCUGAACCUGAAUGUCUUUGAGACAUACAUGGCUGAGAGCAGAGGAGUCAGCUUUCUGGUUUCGUUGACUGUUUUGGAUCUGGAGGUCAGCUUUAACUCGUUCAGCUUCUGCAAUUGGUUUCUGGAUACUUCAAUUUUUCCCCUUUAUUUUUAGAAUUUUAUUAGUUGAUGGAUUUGAUUCAAUUUUAGCAAUGUUUGGUUGAAGAGAUCUUUCUCUCCUGCUGUUAGAGUUAAAGCAGUGAAAAGGACUCUGGCAAAAAUUCUCGUCUUUCUUUCUUCUAUAAGGGUCUUCGUAUCGACGACUCUGGUGUAAAUGACAUGUUAGAAAAGAGUGAAGCUGAACAGACCAUAGAUGGCAAUGCUGCAAUCAUGUGUUCUGUAGCUUUAUGGAGCUCAAGUUUACAUUGUAGAUUCAAGCAUUGGAUGUGAUAUUUGAGUUCUUUCAUGGAGGGCGAGAUGGGGACUGAUUAUCCUGAUGACAUGGACAUGGACAUGGACAUGGACAUGGAAGUAGAAGUCCUUUCUUCAAUGUGGCCUGAAGAUCUUGGAAGUAAAGUUGGAAAGCAGUUCAAUAUGGAAAAGCCUGGAGGAGAUCUGUUGGAGGAGGUUAACUUAAAAGAGGAUCCGUCUAUAGUUGAUUUCCAGCGCCUCCUGGAGUUAACCAAUUAUAGUGAGAAAGGUUCCAAUCAGUUGUCAUAUCUGGUAAAGCACUGGGAGUAUAAGCAAGCUAAUGCCGUCCGUCUUCUCUAUGAAGAGAUGGACAACCUAAGCAAACAGAGGCAGGAAGUGGAGCUCAAGGAAUUGGAAAUUCUUGAGGAGCUUCGAUAUGGGGAAGAGAAGUUCACUGGUGACAAGCGUUCAAUUUCCAUUAUGGAUAAAGUUUAUGAUAUAUGGGAAGAUUUGCCUAGGAGAAAAAAUGAUGUUGUUGUUCAAAAUAAAAGCCUUGAAAUAGAUGCCAAGUAUGACACUUGUAAUUACUGGAAACAGCGGGCCUUGCAACUAGAGAAACUGUUGGAGGCAAGUAUCCAGAGGGAGAAGACACUCAUGGAGAAGUUGCAGGAGAACGUAAAAAAUAUUGAAAAGCAAUCCUCACCCGUGGAAGAAUUGUCUCAGAUUUUGAAAAGAGCUGAUAAUUUCUUACAUUUUAUUCUCCAGACUGCACCAAUUGUCAUUGGCCACCAGGACAAAGACAUGCGGUAUCGGUUCAUUUAUAACCAUUUUCCAAGUUUACACGAGGAGGACAUCAUUGGGAAAACGGAUAUGGAGAUAUUUUCUGGUGCUGGUGUAAAGGAAGCUCAAGACUUCAAGAGAGAAGUCUUGGAAAGUGGAAUACCUAUAAAGCGGGAAUAUACAUUUGACACAGAAUUAUUUGGUACAAAGACAUUUUUGAUGUAUGUGGAACCUGUAUUUAGCAAGGCAGGAGAAACAAUUGGUGUGAAUUAUAUGGGAAUGGAUAUUACUGACCAGGUAGUAAAAAGAGAAAAAAUGUCACAAAUUCGAGAAGAGCUAGCUGUUCAAAAGGCGAAGGAAACAGAACUGAAUAAAACAAUCCAUAUUACAGAGGAAACAAUGAGAGCAAAGCAAAUGCUUGCAACAAUGUCUCAUGAGAUAAGAUCUCCCCUCUCUGGGGUUGUUAGCAUGGCUGAGAUUCUUGCCAACACAAAGCUAGAUCACGAGCAACGGCAGUUACUGGAUGUCAUGAUGUCAUCUGGGGAUUUGGUCCUGCAACUUAUUAAUGACAUACUUGACCUUUCCAAGGUUGAAUCAGGUGCAAUGAAGUUAGAAGCUACAAAAUUCCGGCCAAGAGAGGUGGUAAAACAUGUACUCCAGACUGCAGCCGCUUCAUUGCAAAAGAUGUUGACUUUGGAAGGCCAUGUAGCAGAUGAUGUUCCUGUGGAAGUAAUUGGUGAUGUUCUGAGGAUUCGGCAAAUUCUCACUAAUUUGAUCAGCAAUGCGAUCAAGUUCACCCAUGAAGGGAAGGUUGGAAUAAAUCUAUAUGUUGUACCAGACCCAUGUUCUAGCCAUGGAGAAGGAAACCAGCAACAGCUCCUAGCAGAUCAGUCUGCAGUUUCAGAAAAUAGACUAAAAGAAGAGGACCCUUCUUCACCAUCUCAAAGCAUCUGCAAUGAGAAAAGUUCAUCCUGUCAGACACACAUGGAAGGUCUAGACCAAAAUGGUACAUGCACUGGUGGACCUAAAACUAUGUUGAAGUCUGUCCCCACGGAUGGGGUAGUACAGAUUCAACCUCACGUUCAUGAGACAACAGUUUGGAUACGCUGUGAUGUGCAUGACACAGGGAUUGGAAUACCAGAAAAGGCAUUACCUACUCUAUUCAAAAAAUACAUGCAAGUAGGUGCAGAUCAUGCACGAAAGUAUGGAGGAACUGGACUUGGACUUGCAAUUUGCAAACAACUGGUGGAACUGAUGGGGGGCCAACUUACUGUCACCAGCCGGGAGCAUUGUGGCUCUACAUUUACAUUUGUACUACCUUACAAGGUUUCAUUGAAGAAGGAGCAUCUCGGUGAUGUUGAUGAAAAGCCAGAUAUUGAUGAUCAUGAAGUUGUUUCUGAUGGGAACAAUAAUGAGGCAAAUUCUGGCUUUUUUCUCUUUCAAUCACGCACACUGGGCUCUCUAUUCUCAUCUACUGGUUCCGAAAGAACACAAAAACGUCCACCACACAAAAUUGGGUACAGUCCCCUAAAUAAGCUUAAUUGCUUGUCCGAGGAUUCCUUCUUGUUCCCUUCUAACAAUGACAGAUCAAGAAACACACCUUCACUUGAUGAUGCCCAUUUGAUGGCUGAUGCUACAGAGACAGUCCCUAGUCCUGAAAGUUCUUCAUGGCAGCACCAGGAUCCUGAUAACGGAAAAACAGCUACUUCAGGAAAAAAAUGUCAAGCUUAUGCGAAUGGCAAGUUUCAGAGUUCUGGAAUGGAUUCCCCACGUUUCUCUAAGACAUUCAAAGAAGUGAGUGAAAUUGGAGCAGCAAGCAAGUUCAAAGAUACAUGUCGGAGGCAGGAGCUUGAGAAAUCUGACAGAAGCUUCCAGAGUAUGUGCAGCAGUAGUGAACGACCACCCAGAUCCAAAAUGAAACCCAAAAUUCUUCUUGUGGAAGAUAACAAGAUUAAUGUGAUGGUCACACAGUCAAUGAUGAAGCAGUUAGGUCGUAGUAUAGAUGUUGUGAAUAAUGGAGUAGAAGCCGUUCGUGCAGUUCAGUGUCACAGAUAUGAUCUCAUUUUGAUGGAUGUCUGCAUGCCAGUAAUGGAUGGCCUUCAAGCCACAAGGUUGAUUCGCUCAUUUGAGGAAACUGGCAAUUGGGAUGCUGCUGCAGAGGCGGGGAUUGAGAAACCUGUUCCUUCUUCUGAUUCAUUGUUAAAUGGAUCAGGUGUGAUGUCAUCUCCAUGCCGGGUCCCCAUAAUUGCGAUGACAGCAAAUGCAAUGGCAGAGAGCUCAGAUGAAUGCCUUGCAAAUGGCAUGGACUCGUUCAUAUCCAAGCCUGUCACCUUUCAAAAGUUGAAAGAAUGUCUUCAACAAUUUUUACCUUAUUAAAUCUUGUAAAUGUAAAGCAUGUGUACAAAAUGAAUGUAAUCUAGGAAAGUUUUGUAAUCAGUGUAUCACUGCCUUCUUCCAUCCAAUUAGUAUCUCUUAAAACUGUCUCAAUCAUUAAUUCAUUCUCUCUUCUUUUUUAUA